CAACCGUUCAGCUCAAGCCGUCGUUCACAAGUUCGCGACUUGAGACUUCACGGGCCGCCAUUGAAUACUGAUUGCCGGUAUUAAAACUUAGAAGGUUACUCGUUAUUAAUGUUUAUAAUAUGAGUUGUUCUAUCGUUCGAUGAUUGAAUUCUGUAGAUAUAUAUUUAUUGUAAUAGGCGAGAAAAAUUAAUUUUAUGUACUUAAUACUUAAAUAAAUUCAAUGUUAUUUUAAAUUUUAAUUAGUAUUGGAAGAUAUACUUUAUACUUUUGUUUUUGCAUCUGAUUAUUAAACACUAAAAUGUAUAUAUUUAAUUACUAUCUCCGGAGUAGAGUUAACUCUUCAAUACUUUCUUCAAUGAAACGGUCGUAUUCAUUGUACUCAAGAACUUCAAUAACUCACAACAAUCGCACGCUAUUACCCAUCAAUCGGUUACCCGGAGGUUUGGCACCGGAUCGCUGUUUUAUGAAAAAGAUGGGCGAAAAACCCGUUUAUCAAGUGUACAAUAAAAAAGCUGCUCAAGACAGGGUUUCACCGACAGAGUAUGAACUUAUUUACAACGGUACUGGUGAAACAUAUGCACGGUGUUUGAGUGGAAUGGUAAUCGCUGCCAUUAUAGUCCUGCCAUCAACUUUUAUUGGUGCCUAUUUGUAUAUUUUAUUUACAGAAGGGAAAAUUGACUUACAAACAUAUUUAGAUAUAAUGCUUAUACCCAACUCCACAUUGGAACUUAUGAUAAUGAUUCCUGUGUUGUUGCUCCUGAAAAUAGUGUCGUACAGUUUUAUUUCCAAAUAUGUGUUGAGGAUUUACAAACACAACACAAAAAGACAGUAUGUGGGAGUGUACAUUAAUCCAAUUUUACCAUGGAAAAAUCUAACGUGUACAUUUGAGACAGCUAUUAAAUUGCCCGACAGUAUAAAUGUUUUCAUUCCUUGGCACAAAGAGUAUUAUCGACUAGCUGGACACAAAUCAAUUGUCCUAAGAGAAAGAUUCAAAAGGCCUAUAGAUUAUGACAAAAUGCUUGGUUUAGUAAAGGAAUUGGAUUAAUCAAUUAUUUUUAGUCAUUAUUGUGUAAAUGUUCAAGUUUCUGAAAUAAAUGUAAAAAAAAAAUUUUA